GAUCGGGGGCCUAUCGCCGAUCUAUCGGCAAUGUAUCGCCGAUUCCAGGUUGAUGUUUCCCCCCCUAUGCCAGUCCCCGCCUAUCGCUGCCUCUCAGAAUAUCGGGGACAGGUCCCGCACACAGCUUGGGUCAAAGUUCGUUUAGGAUUAGCUCUCGAGUCUGUCCUGGGUGGUGUCCAGGAGGACCCUGGAGUGAGCUCGAUGGGAGGUCUGCCCGAGGCGAAAUGUAUACAAUUUGCUCGCGCGGGAGUGUGGCUGCCAUUCGGGAGCCUCAUAUGCGCAAGCGGAUAUAAAUCCACCAUCUUUCGAGGAGUGGGUGGAUUGGUGGGAUAGACUGAAGAAUCCGAAGGGCACGAGGUGCAUCGACAAGCUCGUGGAUAGCAAGUCUUUCCAAAUAGUUUGUGCCCUCAUCAUUCUUGCCAACACGGUUUUCGUGGCCAUCGAUGCAAACACGCAGAUGGGGAACUAUGUGAACAAAGUCAACGACUCGUCCCAGGCCAAGGCCUCGCAGUACGUCUUUCUCGUUCUGUACAUCAUCGAGCUGACUUUGCGGGGCGUUUCGGAGGGGCGCUAUUUCUUCUACGGUGAGAACAUGAAGUGGAACUGGUUCGACAUGGCCAUCAUUGUCGUCACCCUCCUGGGCAAUUUCGUAUUGUCGCAGAACUCCUUGGCGUUUCUGCGCGUUGCUCGCAUCCUGAAGGUUGUCAAGGUCACCCGGGUGUUCCGGGUGCUUCGCCACUCUGGGCUGGGGGAGCUGCAGCGGAUGGUGACGCAGGUUUUAGGCUCUCUGAGAUCCCUCGUCUGGUGCUUCGUGUUGCUCGCGUUCAUCACGUACGUCUUUGCCAUUUUCUUUGUGUACAGUCUCUGCGACCUCCCAAGCGUGGACGAGGAGCACCUGGAAGAGAUAUUGGCAUUCUUUGGCUCGGUGUCGCAAACUAUGCUCACGCUGUUACAGGCCACGACCGGCGGGAUUGACUGGCGUGACGUCCAUGCUGUGCUCUCCGAAGCAGGCAGUCUUGUAGCCUUCUGCUUCGUCUUGUACGUCCUUUUCUUCGUGAUCAUGCGGGCAUGCGGACAUCAUUACCGCCACGUUCGUCGAGAAGAUGUCGAAAAUGGCCAAACCCGAUAACGAUGCUCUCGCGAUGGAGGAGCGCAUGAAGGAACUCUCAGUGGUUCAAGACCUCAAGGA